GGUACCGUUUUCUUCUCAAAACAUAGUUAAUUAGAAAUAAUUUGUUGGGAAUUAAUUGUGAAUCAUGGAUACAUAUGUUUUCAUGUAUACGUUAAGUUUCGUUGUAUUUUAUUUCAUUAACGCUGCUCAUCCCAACGAGGUUCACACUGGGCAUAAUACCGAUGCAGCAGAGAAACUUGAUAUAAGUAGUUUUAAUGAAAUUUUGGUGCAAAUAAUGCAGCUAAAGAACAAACUUGAUGAACAAGGCAAACAGAUUGUGUUUCUUGAAGGUGUGGUACAGGAACAAAGUGACAGAAUAAAUGAACUUGAGAAAACUCAUUUUGCAGACAAAUACUUAACGGAGGAACGAAAUGAAUCAGAACACAACAAUCAAAAGAAUUUAUCAUCUGAAAUCCAAAAUCCGGUAAUAUAUCAUGAUAAAGAAAGAAGGAUGAAUAAACUUGAAAGCAUAACAAAGUCUAAGAAAAACAUUGUUCAACCAAACCUUGAUAAUGGUGAACAUGGUUGGUUGCGAAAAAAGCGUUCGGUAACUAACGUUGCGUUUUCGGCAUAUCUCAGUAAAAUACUGUACCCAGUAUCGCCGGGUCAUGUAAUAAAGUGCGACAGAGUGAUUCUGAACGACGGACAUGCAUAUAACCCGUAUACAGGAGUAUUUACUGUACCACAGAGUGGAGUUUACUUGCUUACAUAUCACUUGUCGUCAAUCAAAUCGACCCAUAUUAGAUUAGUUUUAGACGGACGCGUUAUAUCCAAUGCAAUGGCAGAAGCAAGCGCGCCAGGUGAAGAGGAUAUGGGCGGGAAUACGAUUUUAAUCAGAGCGUCUGUUGGCCAGUCAAUAUGGCUCGAGUCGUAUCACGAUCUAGCCGGAGAAAUAAGGUCUACAAGUAGUUACAGAUUCACAACACUGUCCGGUUAUCUUUUAUACUAACAAAACCAGCGCUGUGUAGGAAUUUUCAGAACUGCCAAAACACGCUUACGCUAAAAUGACAUCACGUUAACGUGCGAUGACGUCAAUGAUUUUGUUUUGACCUAAAAAGAGCGCUACAAUAUUUUAUCUGGCUGUGUCUAAAAACAGAUCUGGUGCGCAUGUAAUAUAUUACAGACUCAGGUGUAUACCUGAUUCAAGCAAUUUGAACGAAAAAUAUCUUAAAUGUAUAUUUUUUUGUAACCAUGGUGGUACUAACCUUAACCUUUAGUCAAUACAUGUAUAUUAUGCAUAUUAUAUACUAAAUGCAUGCGGACAUGCAAAAAGAAAAAUGCGUAAUUUUGCCGUGCGCUCCAAUUAAUAACCAUUCCGGGCAUGCGCAGAACGGCUGCACCAGACCUGUAAUGAGAAACAUCGAUUUUAUCUACUGUUUUAGAUUAAGGGCAUAUUAGGGUCGAAAUAAUGUAGAGCUAAACUGUGUUUUACUUAAAUUAACACAUUCAAAAUCGGUUAUACGUCGUCAGAAUAGUUCACUCGGGCUACGGCCUCGCGAAAUUAUUCCGCGGACGUAUAACCUCUUUCCGCGUAUUAAUAACGUUAAAGCACGGUUUUUCUAUACAUUAUUUCUUUAAAAAAUAGGUUAUGCAUUUGUACAGAACAACUUUACUGUAUUAUCACAUUAUUUUAGGAAUACAUGUUCUGUGUGGUAAUGUAGGGAUAAUACACGUUUUUUUGUGUAUUAACGUCUGCAGAAGCCCGCGAGAUUGUUUGUGACCGAGACCGAAGGUCGAGGUCACAAACAUAUUCCAAGGGCUUCUGCAGAUGUUAAUACACAAAACAAACGUGUAUUGUCGCUAUUCUUGCAUAAAAAUAUAUUUCACGACGAUUUAUGUAUUGUUUUCAUACGUGAUGACUUGACGAUUCCGGUACAUUUUUUAUUUACCAUUCCAGUUGUUCUUGGAAACGGUAAACAUGUUUUAAAUAUCCGUAUCCAGGGCCCGGAAAUAAACAACGCUAUCAAAAGCACCUCCUGAAGGUUUUUAAGCGUUUUUUAUCUCUCAUUAUUACAAACAUAAAAUUACCAAUAAUUGUUCAUAUCAUUUCACAAUUUGGUGGACUCGAUCACAAUUUCAAGAAUAAUAACUUUGCAUUCGAGUUAUAUUGAGUACGGACACGAGUACGGAUAAGUACGAACGUAGUGUCAAGUUUCCAAGCUGUUUAUAUAAAUUCUUCGAGAAAUUAGAUAAAAACAUACCGACUGAUACUUACCAAAAUCAUAAAUAUAAGACCUAAAAACGAACAAUAGCACAAGUUACACGCGAUACUUAUUUAUUCACAGUUAUUUACAAUAACUGAACAGACGCUUUGUAAAGGGAGUGAACUCUAAGAGAAGCUAGGGCGUAUAUUGAUGGGGGCAGUACGUUUGGGGUUGGAAACAGAUACAGCUAAACAUACUAUGGAUUACAUUGUAUUUAUAAUGCUACAAGAUGAGGUCGUAAAGGAAGAAACAAGACGCAGAUGCCAAAUAUCAGUGUGCGUAAAAAUACAUACAUCUAUCCCUGGCAAAGCAUUUCAAAAAUAAAAAUCGGGUAUUAACAGCACGUGAAUUGCCUUGUUUGCACACGAUUUUUCUCCCGUUAAUACAUGGGCGGAUCCAGUGAAAAAAGUAGUUUUUAUGCAAGAAUGGUUGUAUGUAUUCACCGUAAAUGUUUGGUCAAAUAUCUCUUAUGAUUGUUAUUGUUAUGAAUGCGGCACCAGCGAUACAUGCUCAUUUACAUAUAGGUAAACAUGCUGAACAUGUCCGUCUAACAGAGUGCAGAAACGUCUUGAUGCAUUAAUAGUAUUAACGUCAAAUUGGUUUACAUUAUUUACAAAGAUUAACGUGCCAUCAAGCAAAUGAAAGCAAGCGUUCAAAACACCUCAACCUGGUGUCGGACUCUUCUUGUUCAGCUGUACUGUUGAUAUGUAAAUGGAAGUUAUAUAUACUUUUUUUUUUAUUUCAAACAAUAAAAAGGUAACUGAUUU